AUAUGAUUACUCAGUUCAUCCUGUAAACAGUGUUAUGACUGUGUAAUGAACCAAAGGAGGAUCAUGAUGAACUCUACACAGGUUUCUUAUUUCACACUUGCUGCCUACUUUGACACUGGACUGUUAAAAUACUUAUAUUUCAUGAUUGUUACAUCAUUAUAUAUUCUAACUGUUUGUGCCAAUGUGUUGCUGAUUGUGAUUAUCUGUAUGAACAGAAGUUUACAUGAACCUAUGUACCUGUUUCUAUGCAGCCUGUUUGUAAAUGAACUGUAUGCUUGCACAGGGUUGUUUCCAUUCCUUCUGCUUCAGAUCCUCUCUGACAUUCACACUGUUUCUGUUCCCUUUUGUUUCCUGCAGAUUUUCUGUUUGUACUCAUGUGCAAUUGUGGAAUUUUUCAACUUAGCCAUCAUGUCUUAUGACAGAUACCUUGCUAUCUGUUAUCCUCUACAAUAUAACAUACAUAUGACAUUUAAGAGGGUUGUCAUGCUUAUUGCAGUGACAUGGUUUCCCGCUUUUCUCAUAGUGGUUGGUACGAUAUCCUUGAGUUCCUCUUUACAGCUGUGUGGAAACAUCAUAAACAAAGUGUAUUGUGACAACUACUUUGUAGUAAAACUGGCCUGCUCUGACACCACAGUAAAUAACAUUUAUGGACUAUUUGUUAGUGCAUUCUCAGUGUGUGUUCCUCUAACUUUAAUUCUUUUCUCUUACAUCAGGAUUCUUAAAGUCUGUUUUUCUGGUUCUAAACAGACCAGACAAAAAGCUGUCAGUACCUGCACACCUCACCUUGCUUCUCUAUUGAACUAUUCUUUUGGUAUUUGCUUUGAAGGAUUACAGAGCCGGUUUAAUAUGAACAAUGUACCUAAUAUGUUGAGAAUAUUUUUAUCAUUAUAUUUUGUAACAUGUCAGCCACUCUUCAGCCCUGUACUGUACGGACUGAAAAUGUCUAAAAUUCGUAAUUUAUGUAAAAGUCUGUUCUAUUGGAAAGAGUAG